AUGGAGUCGUCACUCUCGCCAGCCGCGUCGCCGCUUUCGCAGGCCGAAUCAGCGACCGCGAGCGCUGAGGACACGAUGACGCACUCUCUGGAGACGCGUGUGUUCCACUUGUCGCAGGACCUCACGCAGACGGACCCGUCCUCGGCGUCUGCGCUGUCGGACGACGAGACCAGCACGAAGCUCAACAUGAUCGCCGAGACGCUCGAGGAGGUGGAGACAAAUUUCCGCAAGGAGCGGACGUCGCCAUAUCGUCGCGACGGCCACUUGAUAGGCAAUUUGUUGCAGGAGCUUGCACAGAAUGAGGAUUUUUACCCUAUGCUCGAAGAAAAACUUUCGGAUCGAAGUGGAAGUCGCGUGAAAGCAGCGACGUGUCGACUGUUGUUGGCUACAGUGCCAGUGAAUAGCCGAGCGAUUGUGCACAUGUUGGACGCUGAUGAUGAGAUGUUGGGACGUGUGUGUGGGUUCGCGAUAGAUAGCGAUCCAGCAUUGCGAUGUUAUGCUACUGGACUCUUGUCCGUAGGACUGCGGGACCGCUCGAUUGCAGACACAGUUGUAAAUACUGACACACCCGUCAAGUUGCUGAAGAGAGCGCGAAUGUUUGCGUCUAAAUUGGAAAAAGAGCGGCAGCAAGCAGUCAAGUAUAUUCAAGACCAUCUGUGUUUGCUUGCAACUUCACGCCACAAGAAGAUAGUCAACAAUGGCGGAAGCGGGUCCACAAAAGCGCUGAUGACGCAGCGGUCGUUGAAGCGCAAGCACUUGGAAAGCAUCAAUAGUCGCAAUACGGGUCACGGAAAUGACUGCAUGGAAAGUGGGGACACUGCUUCGGACUUUGGUGCUGACGAAGAUGAGCCGACUGCUACUGUUCCAAGUCAGCCAUCGUUCUCGACCUCAAGUCAUGAAGAAGAUACAAUGGGAAGUUUUGGUGAAGAUGGGGUCGUUGGCAUGCCAAAUCUCGACCAUCAUGAAGAAGAUUUUAAGCGUCUAGUGAUGCUGGAGCUGUUGUAUACUUUGGACUGUUUGGGGUCGAUGGGUGAAUACUUGGAGAUGUUUGCGCCAGCGCUGAAGGAAGACAUCGUCGGAACGAUCAUUACAUUCUUGCACAGCAAGAACCCCGCCGUGAUAUCCCACACAAUGACACUGACGUCUCACUUCCUUGCUCACAAGAAAUUUUCUCUCACUUUGGUUGAAAGUGGAGGAGUGGAUUUACUGUUUUCUGUAUUCAAAGCACAACAGGCUGCUGGUCAGUUAGGUCUAUUGGACCGUAGCCUGUCAAUGUGUUUGCAUGGAUUCGCUUCGUCGUCAGCUGUUGUUGAACGGCUUGUAGUGGCAAACUCGGAAAAUAUGUUGUCAGCCGCAUUUACGCUGCUUUCUAGCCCGAAUGACCGAGCAAGGCAGAAUGCGGUGGUUUUCUUUGGUCUGACCCUAGGCUUCAGGGUUAUACUUGAUUACUUUGAAAAGCAUAACGGGUUGUACACUGUGCUAAAUAUCAUUCGUGCUGGCAAGCAUCCCAAAUCUUCGGCACAAAGGCAACUCGCUCAAGACGCAUGUUUGUGCUUGCGUCAAUACGUGCACAUGCAUAUGGCAUUAGUGACUCAUCGAUUGAGGAAAAAGCUGGCUCAACUGAAUCAUCCAUCGAACCGGGUAUUGAACGCAGUGCCUGCACUAACAGCGGCCACUGCAACGUCACGUAUCCCAGCACGAGUUCCGAAAAUGACGUGGUCGAAAGCUUUUGAUCUCGACGACAAAAGUCACGAAGUCAACAUGGUGUUUUAUGAGAAGUAUCGUUUUAGUGCCACCAGUGGCAACUCCAGUAACUCGUGGUCUGCUGCGACUGGCCCGAGCGGUGGGAUGUGGGCUCCUGCUGCCAAGUUGAGUCAUUUGCGGGGCAUACUCGUGCUUCUUGAGGUUAUAGCUAUGAUGUGCUCAGUACUGCAAAGCACCGAUCCGGAGGCUAAUUCUUGUACGAUUCGAAUUUGGACCGCAGAGCGCGCACAAUUUUGUUUGGAUUGCCUUCGGGUGUUGACGCUUGUGGUCCCAUCUCUGGCCAAUGAAGUGUGUUCAACAGAAGUGCUGAUAGAUGAAGGGGGUAGCACUUCAAAACAGCUCGGUAUAACUAUCUUGCUAGAUAUUGCGAUGAGCAGUAACCCGAGAGAUUCCGAGCUGGUACGCAGUGUGUUACAAGUGUUUUGUAACUGUGUAUCCCCUCCUCACCAAGAAGACUGUUGGCAACAUCCGUACAAAGACAUUCGGCAGUACACUCUGACAGCUCGGAGCAUGCGAGCGCAGAAGGAUGACAAGUUGCAGCGUGUAAGCUCAGAGGCGACAGACGAGGAAUCGAGUGCAAUUACACCUGACAGUUGUGUGAACUGCUGUCCGAAGGCUAAAGAUGACAAGAUGUUACGACCCGUGCGAAAGUUGGCUCGUGAGCGAAAUGCAAUUAAAGUGUGUGUGUACCUACUUCGCUACAAGCGCUCUGUUCAAAACGCUGAUGUCAUUCGAUUGCUGGCGACUCGAGCUUUGCUGGGACUUUCCCGUGACCGUCAUAUUUCCCAAAUUAUCGAGAAGAUGCAAGUUGGGCAAUUGCUGUCUGACAUGAUUCGGAGUGAUCCUGUUUUGGAGGAAAAUGCUGACAUUCAUGUACGCUUUCGAGAAUCUGCUUUGGAUUUGAUUUCUCACGUGACGCAUCGGGCGUCCAGCGUGGUAAUAAACGAGGCAACGGACCCAACGGUAAAGAAGAUCGAAAAGGCGAGCAUUGUUGCACACACGAAAAUUUCUUACGACGAGAACGAGCUUUUGCGAUUGAUUCACGAUCAUCUGCUAAAGAAAGGUUUGCGUCAUGCUGCAGCAGCGCUUGUAAACGAAGCGAACGUUUUUGCAGAGAGGGCACGUAAAGCUCUUCCUACUUUGGAUGCACUGUUGUCUCGGACAAAUGAAGUUGUAGGUGAAGUGGAAAAGCCUUUUUCGAAUUUGAAAGGGUCACCGUCACUUGGAAAGCAGGCAGUUGUUAAUCACGCAGUACCACCUGGCGUUUUAGCUCGGAGUGAGAGUGGGCAUUCAAUGGACAGCGAUACAGCACGUCCCAAGAAAAUGCAGCGGUUGUCAACGUCGAUUGUGCCCGAGGUUAAGAAUAUGCGGAUUGCAGAUGCCGCGGGCCCUCCUCGAAAAUUGGACUGUGAGGGUGGACAUGUCAUGUCGUCCGUUCCAUCCACUUUGUACCGAAAACGGAUGCGACAAGCGCUCCAUAAACCGCAUUUUUUUCAAGACAUAGCUGUGGAACGAUCGGCAGCAUCUCCCCGAGGCGUCGUCGAGGCAGCUUGCUCCGACGCUUUGCAAAAGCUUCCGACAAGUACGCGAUGUAAUUCGAACGACGAUGGAGUUCUUGCAUCUGCAACAAGCAAGCUGGAUGAAAUAAUCACGCAUUAUCUAAGAGAGCAGCACCGCCAAUGUGCUAACCCUGUUACGACUGUGCCACCGUUUAAGCUAUUGGGCAAAGGAGCGCAGCACCGCUGCCCAGAUCCAGCUACAACCGCAUUGUCAAAGCUAAGCGUUUGUUCUAGACUAUUGCGGCGUAGCCGGACGGGUUAUCGUGUCGGGUCUUCGGCAUUCUCAUCAUAUAAUGUUGAUGCUGGGAUUGACCGUUAUGUGUUCAGCCGCUACCGGCCAUUCCGUACCGUCGGGGCUCACAUAGGGGCGUUUGCGUGGGGCGGGGUAAGCGUGGCUCGAUUCUACGGCCAGGAUCAGCAAGAUAUGUUGAUUGGCAAUCACGAUGGUGAGUUACGUCGAUUCAGCAUCGAGUCUGAUGCAGUUGUGGAAGAAUGGACCUGUCAUUCGCCAUCGAGUGCUAUUGUCGAUUUGGAAACAAACGAAUCGACGUCCGUGGGUUGUCAGAGUCGAUUGCUACUAACUGGGGCUGUUGCGCUAUCGGAGCUUGCUGUAAACGAAGUUGCACUCUGGGAUGCGAACGACUCGGGUGCGCUCGUAGAGCGAUGGCGUUUUAAGGGUGGUCUUCGCCCUCAAUUCAAUCAUUACGGCGACCGCGUUGUUACACUUGACGCCAGCUCUAAUGAUGAUGACAUUGGAUUGGGAGGGCCAGGCUGUGUCGCCAAUGGUGCUGUUGUUCUGGACAUUGCUACAGGAGACGUGUUGUGCGACUUGAAGGAUGCAAUGCGCUCGAAUGGCUAUGGUGCAGAAACUAAUUGUUGUUUUUCGCCUUGCGACAGCACAAUCCUUACGGAUGGUAUGCUUUGGGACGCUCGCAUUCCGACACGCGCAUUGUACAAAUUUGACAAGCUGUCAAAUGUCGGCUGUGGCUUUUUCCAUCUGAAUGGCAAUGAAGUGAUCGUGAACUCGGCAGUGUGGGAUCUUCGUACGUAUCGGUUGUUACGAAUGGUGCCUGCAUUGGACAAGUGCAGCAUCAAGUUUAGUUCUUCCGGUAGUGUGUUGUUUGCGUAUUAUCCAUACGCGGGAGGCAACUACUUGGAACGCAGAAAAUCUAAGCUGAAGUCGUGGUUCCGCGUGCUGGAUGCACGUGACUACAGAGAUAUCGCGACCGUUGAUCUUGGUCGUCCCGUAUUCGACCUCAGUCUGAACACUAAUAGCACAGUUUUGUCUGUCGUUGAAGGGCGAUUUCUAAAGGCUGGGGAUGUGGACGAUAAUGAUUCCAUCAGUCGCCUGUAUGACAUUGGACGGAAGCGUUCUACCGAAGACGACUCUGAUGUAGAAGAUGGUGAGGGUGACUCGGACACAUUGGAUGACGAUGAGUACGACGACGAAAGCUCUCGUGACGAAGAUGACGAAUUUGAUGAUGAUGAUGAUGACAUGGACGAAGAGGACGACGAGACGUCCGAUUCGAACUUGGAGGAGAGUAACAGCUCUGGAGAAGAGGACGAUGGAGACGAAGAGAAUGAAAUAGUUGCUGCACAUAUUCUUGCUAUCGACAACGAUGAAGAUGGCAACGGGUCGAUUUUGUCCACCCAUGACCUCGGGUACCUGCUCGACCUUCCUGAUGCAACCUACUACAAUGUCCAUGGACAAUACUCGAGUGAUGAAGACGACGCUGAGGAAGACGAGUAG